GAAAUUUGACUAAGUAUGGAGACCCAACCACAAGGGGGGUCAUGCAUGACCUCGUCCAAGGGGGUCUCGUCCAAGGGAGUCAAGGGGGUGAAGCAUGACAUCAUCCCAGGGGGGUCAAACAUGAUGUCAUGCAAAGGGGUCAUCGUGCUAGACAUGAUGGGAAAGAAGACUGAAAUUGGCUAAGUAAUGAGACCCACCGCACAAGGGGGGUUAAGCAUGACACCGUGCAAGGGGGUCCAACAUGCUACCAUCCAAGGGGGUCUAGCAUGACAUCAUCCCAGGGGGUCCUUGCACUAGGGUGUCAAGCAUGAUGCCGAGGUGAAAAUUUGUUAAGUAUGGAAUCACAUGACCAUAGCAAGAGGGUACCAAGUCGGCAAGGCAGGGCUUGGUACCAAGACAUGAAAAGCAUGAAUUUGGCUAAGUAUGAAGCCAACGGGGUCGGCAAGACAGGCUUGGCAGCCAAGCAAGGCGACAGGGUAUCAUACCCCUUGGUAUCCUGCCCCAAGGGGGUAUCAAGCCGGUAAGAAGGCGAUAGGGUAUCAUACCCCUAGGUAUCAUGACCCCAAGGGGGUAUCAAGCCGGUAAGACUGACUUGGUGGCUAGGCAACAAGGUGCCAAGACGGACUUGAUAGCCAGACAUUAGGGUAUCAAGCCAACAAGACAAGAAAAUUCGAGUAAGGCAUGGUGGCUAGCUGAGGUGGCCACCCGACUAGGUACAAAAAAACCAUGUAUGGCCCUUAUGGGGACAUAUGGAGACAAAGUCCCAAGGCGGGCUUGGUAGCACCCUAACGGGGUACCAAGCCGGCAGGGUGUAAUUUACCAACUUGAUGAAGUUACAAAAACUAAGUAUGGAUACCAAGCCACCGGGGUUGGCUUGGUAGCAAGGGGUGUCAAGUUGAUUACAUGGGCUUGGUGGCAUGCCAGAAGGUAUCAAGCCGAUGAAACGGCUUGGUAACAACCAACAAGUUAAUGAGAAGGACUUGGUGUCAUGAGGUGGUAGCGGACUCAGGAGCGGGGAGUCAUCAAACAGUCGAGGGUGAGAUCAAGACCUCAUCAUGGUUCAUGGAGGCUAAGGCAAGAGCCUCAACCCCAUCUAGUCAUGACAAGUGACAAGGAUCAAAAACAACCCGACCCGGCAUCGAGGCCAUCAAGUACCCCCCAGCCCAAGACGGGACAAGGGCCCCCAAGGUGACGGUUACCAACUUGUCACCAAGGCGGCGACAAGGACCCCGAGGCGAUUUGGAGCAGCAAGCCAGCUAGCGGUUACAAAGACAGUUACCAAGGGAGUUACACUCGAUGUCUAUAAAUAGGAGAAACUAAAAUUGUAAAAAGGUUCCACAACCAACCAUUUGACACACUAUGUCAAACUUUAUCUUUUUCUCUGCAAAUUAGCCAUAGCCCUUAGUUUUCGGAGCUCUCACUGAACCUCUAUAGGAGUAGAGUAACGUAACUUAGAUUAUUCCCAAAAACCAUAAAAAAAAUCAAACACCCUCGUUCGAACAUUGUUCAGAGAGGAGUGAACUGUGUAAUUAUCGUUGUUCAAGAAGCCAAAGGUGCAUUCAUUGAGUUCAAACACCAGUUUUUCCUCGCCGGAAAAAAAAUUGGUACACCUGGUGGGACUCUGUGUGUUUGAUUUGAUGGCUCCACGACUGAGAGAACAUGAAGGUGAUAUUUCACCAGGAGUUGUGAAGGAAUUGGCGGCCAAGUUCAAAUUUGGCCAAGAAUCAGUAAGUGUUGUCGGAAUCAAUGGCAUGAUUGAGAUAUUGCCACCGGCGGCACCUUGUGCCGAUGUAACCACCACUACCAUGUCACUCCGCUCAAUAGUGGAUGAUAACUGCAAGGUGGUGGUGGAGAACCGUCAAGUGAUGGUGGAGAUCCGUCGAUCGAUGGAAGAGAGUUUGAAUGGACUUGUUAGAAGUUCACAACAGAAAAGUCUAAAACUUGCUUCAUUUAGUUCUAUGUUCGAUAGACGUUUGGAUGAAUUGCUUGAAGCAACUACAGAAAAUACAAAUUGCUUAGAUAAGCUUAAAAAAUAUUUUAUAGAACCAGUGGUGCGAGAAAUUUCUUUACCAAAAAAUGGUAUAGAUCCGCCACCAAGUAUUGCUACUGAGUAUACAAGUAUCCUGUUCUCCGGUGGUCGGACUACUCAGCCAUGGUCAGAGAAGUCAUCGUCUCCGAUGGAAAUUCAACUACCUCUUCAACAUGGUGGUUGUGGCGAGAAUCUCGCUCCCACGUUCACCACUCAUGUAAAGCAACCGCCUGUGCUGACAGUUACUCAUAAAACUGUCUCAGAGGCUAGACCAUGCUUGAACGUGAGAGUUGGUGGAGGGUUAAUAGCUGAUGUGCUACAACAAGCUUGCCCACCCUCGAUGCCAUCUAUGCUCGAGCGGCCUGGUGGAUGCAAAUCGCCAUGGGGGCAUGAAGAGGGCCUUGGAAGUCUACCUAACAAGGUGAAGUGUCAAGCUGGGAGACACAUUGAUGUCAAGAAAAUCGAACAAAAGGGUGUGUCCAACAGAAUUCCAUGUUUAUCUUCUAAGGAUUACAUGAGGGACAUGUCAUCAACCACAAACAGUGGCACAAACAGUGGGUUGACAGUUGUGUCCAAGAAGCCACUACAAUCCCAAACCACAUAUGCUGCUAGUAAGAAUGUUAGCGUGGCUAAGGGGGCAAAGGGGGACAUGUCUCCAUCUCCAUGCAGUGGACAGGGGGGCAUGUCAUCAAACAUGAUGAAUGGAGUGAGUGGCAAGUCUAAGCGGGUGAUGGACACCCAUGCCACCCAUGAUUUUCAUAACUUUGACAGCAUGUCAAAGAGUGGACAAGGAGGCAAGACCCCUUGUAGCAUGCCACCCAUGAAUGGUCGACAAGUGGGUAUGUCACCAACCACAAACAAUAUACAGAUAGACGUGCCCAAGAAACCACAAAAAACUCAAGCCACACAUGCUUAUAGUAAGCAUGAUAGUGUAGCUAACGAUGACAUGGGGGGCAUGUCAUCAAUCACCACUAGUAGGUUGAUAGGUGUUGCCAAUAAGCCACAACAUGAAGCCACACAUGCUUUUAAGCAUACUAAUAUGGCUAUGUUUGGAAAGGGGGCACGUCAACAAUCAUGAAUAAUAGUAUGGGGGACAUGUCUCCAACCACUGGACAGGGGGGCAUGUCACCGACCAUGAAGAAACAAGUGGGAGAAAAUUAUGUGAGUGUGCAGCACACCCAAGCCACUCAAAAAAUUUCUAAGUAUGAGAGUGUGUUAAUAGAUGGACAAAGAAGCAAGUCCAUGCUUAAAAACCCUCAUGGCAUGCCAAGUAUGAAUGGCAGGGGCAUGAACAAGACAUCCCGGCAUACAAAAACCAGAAAUGGUCCUACAAAGAACCAGAGGUUAUGUGCUACGUGUAGAAGUCAGCAAGCCGUAAGGGUUGAGCAGGAUCAGGUUGGCCACCAGGGUGGUCAUCGACUUGUUGGGUCCAAACACUCCUCGUCCCAACUAUAUGGGAUGAUUAAGCAUGGUUGGGCGAAACCAAGAAAGAUAAAAACUCGUG